AUGGUCCUAGAGCUCCAUACAUGGGGUCCAGCCUUUGGCCUUCCCUCCAUUGAUCCUACGUGCGUCGCUGCCACAGCCUACCUCAACCGCACCCUUCCUCGCGACAGAUGGACGCUCAUAGCCGACUAUGAUUCUUCACUUAGCCCUCAAGGGGAACUCCCCCUCCUCGUGGACGCCGAUAAGAAAAUCACAGGGUUCACCAACAUAGUUUCUUACCUCCGCAAGAACUACUCCCACAACCUCGAUGCCGACCAAACCCCCCAGCAACAAAGAGAUAGGACAGCAUUCACCUCCCUACUCGAAUCUACCGCCGGGCCGCUGCUCGACCUCUACCUCUACGUCUCCUCCGAGAACUACGGCACGACCACCUCCGCUGCGUAUACCGCGAUACUUCCAUGGCACGUGAAUUAUACCAUACCCCCAAAACGGCGAGAUAUAGCUAGGUCCAGAACCGCCCAUCUAGGCUUGAGCAGCCUGGACGUGGCGCAGGCAAGCGAAGACUCGCAUGGUCCAGGCAGAGGCACCGCGACCUCCGACUAUGAAGCGGCGAAGAGAGCGGCCGGGAUACCAUCUGAAGACCGACCCCCAGCUCUCCACAUGGGACGAGGGAAGGGCGGUCUUCUCAGUUCUCCAUUAUACGCCGCGCGAUUCAAGCUCGAUGCCCUGUCGAAGGAAGUGUUACAGCCGCUGGCUGAUCAAUUGGGAAAGAACAAGUAUCUCUUCGGGGGAGAUGCGCCAUCUAGCCUCGACUGCCUCGCAUUUGGUUAUUUGUCUUUACUACGGUAUGCGCCCGUGCCACAGGCGUGGGUCAGAGAAGCUAUACAAACAAAGUACCCAAGACUUGAAGGGUAUCUCGCCCGUCUACGAGAAGAAUUGCUACACAACGAAGACAUAGAGCCUGCUGAUGUAUGGUCUGUUGCUACAGGCAAAGCUGUGGUUGGCGACUUUGGCUUGCAGUUGCCUUGGGCGAGCAGAAAUCCAGGGGCGUUCAUCCCACAGUUUCGGGCAGUCGUGCAUGAUGGGGUCCUGCCACAUGCACUACAAAAAGCUCCAACUGUGCGGCAUGGUCACAAUAACCCACCGCGGACUGCGAGAUCAUCGCUUCCUACCCCCCUCGCUAUCAACACGCUUGCCACUGUCACGACUGCGGCUGCCAUAGGACUCGCUGCUUUUGCAGUACAGCACCGGAGAUCACCACGGGAUGAACCAGUCAUAUUUUGGGCCCUCCGUCCUUUACAGCCCGUGUUCGAAGGUUUUGGUGUUGAAAGCUUCUUGAGUGCAUUGCCCAGAUGA